AUGACGAUAAACCAUCGGAUGAUGAGACUUCAGUCUAAUGUUCACCGGAAGGCUCUUGCCCAUGGCUAUUGGAAGCCAUCGAGUAGUCGAUGGGCAUCAAAGUCGCUCAACUAUGAUCUUGUCGAGGAUUACGCCACCCAUCGAGAGACUGUUGCAGGAGCUAUGUCUGUAAUAUGUCCAUAUUCGAAUGAGGUGGAGGCGGUAGUGGCAGCAGUGGUAACAGCGGGUACGGUGACUGUGGUGGCAGCGGCAGCAGCGGCGGCCGUGAGCAGCGAUGACGGUGGCGGCAGCGGCGGCAGCAGUAGUGGAAAUAGCAGCAACGGCGGCAGCGACUGCAGCGGGGGCAGCGACGGCGGCAGCGACGGCGGCAGCGACGGCGGCAGCGACGGCGGCAGCGACGGCGGCAGCGACUGCAGCGGGGGCAGCGAGGGCGGCAGCGACGGCGGCAGCGACUGCAGCGGGGGCAGCGAGGGCGGCAGCGGCAGUGGGGGCGGCAGCGACGGCGGCAGUAACGGCAGCGGCAGCGGCAGGAGCGGCAGCGGCAGGAGCGGCAGCGGCAGGAGCGGCAGCGGCAGGAGCGGCAGCGGCAGGAGCGGCAGCGGCAGCAGCGGGAACGGCAGCGGCGGCAGCGGGGGCAGCGAGGGCGGCAGCGGCAGUGGGGGCUGCAGCGACGGCGGCAGCAACGGCAGCGGCAGCGGCAGGAGCGGUAGCGGCAGGAGCGGCAGCGGCAGGAGCGGCAGCGGCAGGAGCGGCAGCGGCAGGAGCGGCAGCGGCAGGAGCGGCAGCGGCAGGAGCGGCAGCGGCAGCACUAAUUUACUUCCAGUCACUACAGUUUUAUUAGGUAACACAGUACUGGGUCUUUUAUCCGGCUUCCAGAAAUCCGAAGUUACUAAAAAUCUGGCUAUUUCUGAAAUUGGCUGGUUUUGA